AUGGUUGAUUUAGCCGGCAAGCCUUCCGUUGCAUCUGGCCAAGAAUCCUUCAGUUGCCAUGUGUGCCGUGCUAUCGUCGACAGUUUCGAAGGACUCAAUGACAACGAUCUUGAGCCGUGCCUUGGGGAUGUCAAAUCUAUUCGUGCAGCACCUUGCCCCCACCAUGCAGGCUUGCUCAAGGAUGAGCUAUGGAGGCUUGGUCCAGUUGAAGACUGCGACUCUGGAUUACUCGGCUUGAUCCGAGGGCGCCGAUCAAAAACAAUAUUCUUGACCUUGGACGGUGAAGAGCACCAAGAUAGCCAGGAUGAGUCUGGUGAAGACGAUGGAGACGGUGGUUCGGAUGAUGAAGAGUCAAGUGGCGACGAUGAUGAUUCCGAUACUUAUAAUUCUACAGACCAACUUGCCUUGGUUCAUCGACAGGAUAUCCCGGAUCAUCAAGGCAAGGCGAAGCUUGUUGACAGCGAAUGGUUAGAUGUGAAUACCGUCCGUGGUUGGAUUGAGACGUGUGAAAGAGAUCACCCGAACUGUAGAGACUCAGGGCUUUGGCCUAGUGAGGACUCUAUACGACCUAAUUAUCUCAUUGAUGUCAUUGAUCGUCGGCUCGUUCUCGGAGAUCACGCAACGGGUGACUACGUCGCGUUGAGCUAUAUCUGGGGCCAGGCAAAGACGCUCCGCACAAUGGCUGGCACUCUUGGCCAGCUCUUGGAGUCAGGAGCUUUUCGAAAUGAGGAAUUUGGAAAGCAGAUACCAAAGACUGUGAAGGAUGCAAUGGGUAUCGUGAGUUGUCUUGGUAUGAGAUACCUCUGGGUUGAUGCACUGUGCAUUGUUCAGGACGACCGCGAGCAGCUUGGUCUGGAGCUUGGCCGGAUGCCAGGCAUUUAUGCCUCUGCGUCCUUCACUAUCGUCGCCGCAAAUGGCGCGGACGCCAGUCACGGUCUCCCGGGAUUCAAGGGUACAUCUUCCCCACGAAGCCUUCACCAAGUGACUGUGAAGCUGGCCGGGUCAGAAAUGCUCGUCGUCACACCACCAAUCCCUCGAUCGAGCGGAUCAGCGGCAUAUCGCAAAUUGCAGAUUCCCUACCACCAACGAGCUUGGACGUUUCAAGAGUAUCAGUUCGCCUCGCGGAAACUCACCUUCCAAGGAAACACUGCCUUUUGGCGAUGCUCUCAGGCAGAGUGGUGGGAAGAUCUUCACCAGGCGCCCGGGAUGGAUACACCAGAAGUCCAAGAAUCUGAGGGCAUAUUGAAGAUCAGAGCCCCGGUGCUUUCCUUCUUGUCCCAUAUGAUUCUGGAGUUCAAUCAGAAAUCACUGUCAUUCCCUGAAGAUGCCGCCUCUGCUUUCACUGGGCUACAGAAUGUCCUCGGCAGUCGGGUGUUCCCAGGUGGACUUUUAUACGGGCUUCCAAUCUGCUUCCUUGAGAUAGCUCUUCUGUGGUGUCCUAGGAGUGAUAUACAUCGACGUGUUCCUACAAAGAAGCAAGAGUCAGAUGAAGCAAUCCCAAAGAGUCUCCCGUCGUGGUCUUGGCUUGGCUGGCAUGGCAAUGUGGCAUUCCCGGACGACUGCGAGUUUGCUGCAUACAGCGGUGGUAGUUUUGAAGAGAGAGAGGGAUUCGUAUCUCCAGUUACAGAGUGGUGCACAGUUACAUCACCAUCGUCUGGAUGUUCAGACAAGCAGGCACUUGUACCAGGAUGGUCUGUAUGGAGAAAGGAGGCGCAAAAGGGGGAUAGCCUCGCGCCUGAAGGAUGGGAACGACAAGAUUUCGAGGAGGGUCAAUUGGAGCCAGGGGACAAAGGAGGUCUUCCUAGAUAUACUCCCCAGUUCUCCUUCGAAAUUGAAUCUUUUGCAGCGGCGUCUCGACAAAGCAGCCUUGUCCCUAGGUUGCUUCAUUGGUAUCCCAUCCCCGUCUCCAGUGGCAAGUCGGGCGAAGCUACCGUCCACCAGUCAGCAUAUAUUUCUUGCCGUACCGAGCGAGCGUUCCUGUAUGGUGGCUCUAGGAUGGGUGCUCUGGAGCCUCCUAGAUUGCAGUUACUGGAUGAAAAGGGGGGACUUGCCGGAUACCUGCAACUGCACAACGAGGGUGAGCUUGAGCAAUUCCAGACUACAGAAACACCUGGAAAGCGUGUUGAGCUGGUAUCCAUCGCCAAAGGCUACACAGGGAGACUGAGCGGUGGUCACAAGGUGCCGGAGGUAGAGGGAGAUGGAAGUUUACGGUUUCGAGACUGCCUGUUCGUGCUUUGGGUCGAAUGGAAUGAUGGCGUCGCAUUUCGAAGAGGAUCUGGUGUCGUCACUCUUGAAGGCUGGAACGAGACAUGUGGAAAGGAUUUUUGUGACUUGGUGCUUGGCUAA